AUGGCAGGUUUAAAUCUCUUUUUUCGAAGUUGGAUUGCGAAAACGAGGAUAUGGCUACUCCAAGAAAGAAUCAGGCCAAGUGAAGACAAAAUGAUGAGGAGAUUCAUCAUGAGGCGGAUCGAAGAAAAGGUAGAUAUGGCUUCGAUUGCUAUCGAGAAACAUGAUAAGACGAUCUUGAGGCAGCUUUUGCUGUGCCUCAAUCUCUCGUUUGAGAUCAGCAACUGUGGCACCGUUGUCCAGUUGAAUGUAGAAGAGGGUACCUGUCAAAAUCUCCACUACCACUUUCAUUGUAAAGCCAAAAGGUUUUUGUUCGUUUCUGAUCAGUCGGAGAGAAAUAGAGAUAGAGACCUAGACAACAAUGUAUUACAUGAAAUGCGUUCCCCUUCGCUGCUUUCUCGUUAG